ACGACCUUGAAGAUAACAAAAGUAUGCUGCUUGUAAAAGCUCACAAAUGUUUUACGAGUUUGAAGUUUUCAAGCGCCACGUGGUCAACGGACUACAAAGUUGCUGGGGCUGUCAGAAAAAACACUCCAGUUACAAACCUAACUUUAGCUGGUGGGAUGGUAAACAAGAAACAGAAGAAAUACAACACAUAGUUUAUGUCACUCCAUAUUUCUUCAACUCUGCCUUUGCCUGACCGACGGGGUUUCUUUUGGGCAAAUUGGGGAGUCAAGGGUUUAUCUUGGUAUCCGUUUCCUCCAAAGUUUGAAGCUUUGUUAACAUCAGCUUUCCUUCAACAGAACACAUUGCAGUCAUUGAGUAGGGACGAGACCCCCUUAAAAGAGAGAAAUGGAUCAGUCUUUGCCAAACCGUCAGCAAGGAAGAGCCCCACAGCAUGCUGCUACACCGAUGGGGGCGUUCAGGCAGGGAAAUAUUCCCACACUGGAGAGAGGCGUCAUCAGCGGGGACAAAGUCCAGUUUGGUAGACCACAGCGACACAUGCGUCUGUCUCAUUCUGAGGGCCACAGCUCUGGAGAGGAGUGGUUGAGCAGCUCCAUGGAAGGUGGAUCUUACGGUCGAAGCCCUGUCCUCCGGGGCAUGCAGGCUGAGGGAAACUGGCACCAACGCGGUGCCUAUGAGCAGGCCGAGGGCAACUACCAACGCCGGGUCGCCCCUAAUGGCAACGGACUGCUGUCAUCCUCUCCCAGAAGUCCAAACACCAGAGGCUACAUGACGUACCGCAACCGCGGUCAGCGGCAGGAAGGCCACCCCAUCACUGUGAAGGCCUCUGGUACCCCCCACCGUCAGUACAGUAGAGGCCGCAACCGUACCUCCUCUGAGACGGAGCAGGGAAGCAAAGGCAGCAGAGGGCCCAGCCAGAGGAAGAGAGGCCUCUCUGAGACGGAGAGCAGACCCAGAUGGGACAAGUAUGGAAACCUCACACAGGGAAUGGGAGAGACUUGAUGUGUGUUUUUCGGUCCAUAUAACCACUACAGUGUUUUUUUUGUUAGAAAUAUAUUUGUUUGUAUUUGACGUCUGUCUGCAUUUUUGUUUG